AUGAGAACUUCCGUGGCGCUCCCAGCCCUAAUCGCGGCUGGCGCUAUUGCAGGCCAGCCCCCCGAAUCGUCCCUAGCUACCCGCGAUUUGGCUUCGGAGAUUUGGGACGAAAUCAAAAACGCCGCUACCUGCGCUGGCUGUCAGGUCAUUUUGGCAGCAUUGAAAGGUGUUGCCGACCUCGGGACGACACUCUUGGUCGAUACGCUGACGGAAGUCUGUAAAAUCAGCGGGGCAGAAGACGAUGAUGUCUGCGAAGGAAUUAUCUCUCGCGAGGGCCCAGUGCUCCAGUACAUCUUGACCCAGCUAUCUCUAGGCUCAGAAACAUCCGAUGUGCUCUGCACCAGCGCAUUCGGUCUCUGCUCAUACCCGCCAGUACGCAACUAUACUCUCACAUUUCCAUCCCCGAAACCCGAUAAUCUUUCGCGCCCGUCAUCUAGCGGCAAGUCCCCAAUCCAAGUGGUGCACUUUAGCGAUACCCAUGUCGAUCUGUCCUACGAGACUGGGUCGAACUGGAACUGUACGAAGCCAAUUUGCUGCCGUUCAUAUGAAUCUUCAGAUGCACCAGGGAACACGACUACCCCAUGUGGGCCGUAUGGAAAUACGAAAUGCGAUGCGCCACUUAGCCUAGAGCAGAGUAUGUUCGAUUCUAUCAAGGCAAUGGAACCAGCUCCAGCGUUUUCCAUCUACACUGGAGAUGUCGUAGCACACGACAUCUGGCUGGUUGACGAAGAUGAGGUCUUGACUAAUUUGAAUGCCACAUACAGCUUGAUGACAGAAGUUGGAAAGGUGUUUGCGGCUAUCGGAAACCAUGACUCUGCUCCAGUCAAUGACCUGCCUACGACACAAGUCCCCAGUGACUACAAUUCCAACUGGACAUACCAAGCGCUGGCCCAGAAUUUCACUACUCUAACCGGUGACUCGUCUGUAUUGUCUGUAGCCGAUCAAUACGGAUCGUAUUCAUCUGUCUUCACUGGCAGUUAUGGCACCGAUCUCAAAGUCAUCUCGUAUAACAGCAUCUUUUAUUACGUCGACAACUUUUAUGCUUUUCUUGACCCAAUGCCCUACGACCCAGAUGGACAGCUAGCCUGGCUCAUUGAUGAGCUCCAAGCAUCUGAAACGGCAGGGCAGCGUGUCUGGCUGAUUGCGCACGUUCCGACCGGCACAUCUGAUCACUUCCAUGAUUAUUCGCACUAUUUCGAUCAAAUUGUACAACGUUAUGACGCCACAAUUGCUGCUCUAUUUUUUGGUCAUACUCACACCGAUCAAUUUCAACUUUCGUACUCAGAUUAUACCAAUCAGAAUGCCGAAACUGCCUCCGAAGUUGGAUACAUUAUGCCAUCUCUUACGCCAACAUCAGGCCCGCCCGCAUAUCGUGUAUACGAUAUUGACCCAGUAACUUUCGGCGUUCUCGAUUUCACCGUGUAUAUUGCUAAUAUCAGUGACCCCACAUAUCAAAAUAGCCCGACGUGGGCUAAAUAUUACUCUGCUAAGGAGACUUAUGGCUCUUUACUAUCUCCACCGGUCACUGACCCUGCCGCAGAAUUGACGCCUGCAUUCUGGCACAACGUCACAGCCAUUUUUGAAACAGAUGACGACGCUUUCCAAGGCUACUAUGCUCGCCAAACUAGAGGAUACGAUGUUUCAAAUUGCACUGAUGCCACUUGCAAAAAUCAAACAAUCUGCGGUAUUCGUGCUGCAGAUGCUCAAUACAACUGUGUUGUUCCCAAGAUCGGCUUUAACUUUGCCAAACGGGAUGGAACCGACCAGGCUCAUGUAAAGCCGCAGAAGGAAAAGUGUGAUGACGCUGGGCUAGUUUCGUUACUCGGCAAAAUGAUUGCAAAUGGUAAGAAUUAA